AUGUUUAUUAGUCAGGCGUGUCUGUGGCUCUUGUUGGCGGCGCCCGCCUGGAGCCAGUCAAAUGUUGAUCGCAGCCAGUUGAGAAUUAAUAUUCCAGGUUGGGAUAUAAGCGAUUUGUAUUCGCGCAUAACGAACGCAUUUAGCGCACCGCACAAGAAGCAGAAGGUUCGCAGACAGAAAGUGGAUCCUGCUGCCAUCGAUGAUUACUAUAACAACUAUUGGGAGAACUACUAUUACCAUAAUCCGCCGUAUGUGGAAUACGUGCCUUGGCCGCGUCCGCCACCUAGACCCAGACCCAGACCGACACGCAGGCCACGACCCACGACGACCACAACAAGUCCUCUGACUACAAGCACAGCGGCUGCGACUACAACCACGGCCUCUACAACUAUCUUAACUACAACUCCUGCCACUGCAACUUCAACCACAACGCCUAGGCCCAGCACAUCAGCUCCCACUAAACUCCCUCCUACAAGCACAUCGCCUCCUUCAAGCACACCGCCUCCUAUAAGCACACCGCGUCCUACAAGCAUUAUCACAACCAACCAACCUAUCAGGGAAUAUAUUGUAUCGAACUUCGCUGACGAUUAUAGUGCACCAGAAGCUGAGCUCAAGCCGGAGCAACAGUUGUCCAUCAAAUCGCGACCGCAAUCUGUGACCUCGCUGUGCCAUUAUCAUCCCAAGCUCUGCGAUCAGCCCGAUGAGGCGCACUUUAUGGAACUAACCGAUGGCAAUGGCAAUCCACUUAUAUUGAUAGCUCCAGCUACAACCACCCGACGACCGUUCAGACAGACAUUGAGACCCACACGCGGAGACAACAGUCAGCGAAAAUACAGCAGGGGCAAGAAUAAAAUUUAUAUGAUAACACCUAAGGCUAAGCGAAAAGCUUCCAGCAUUAAUUUAGUUCCAAGAAGUCGCUAUCAUAAAUGA